AUUUUAGAAAAGUAGUGUCCGACCGGUCCAGGAGGCGGUUUCACUUCGUCAACAGACACUAACAGGACUUGAAACAAGCCGACCGGUCCGCGAUUACGACCUGUUCGGGAAUAAGCUUACGGAAAGAGAACAUCUUUUAAGUUAUGCGCCAGUUGCGUUCACAUCUCCAAAACCACUGACCAUCUGCAAGGCAAAUGUUACAUAUGUGACUUCUCAGAGCACAUUGUUGACUAACGUCACCUCUAGAGAAACAGCAGUGAACAUCACCACAUUGGGAACAUGGCUUAAUUUGCCUUCCAUUGCUCUUCGGAUAGCAAACCAUUUGUAUAACUUUGACCACCAACCGAACGCACUUGAAAUAGUUGAUGAACUAACGCAAACAUCCAAAGCAAGCUCGCCUGAUGAGGCGAAGCCAAAAAUGCUGGAUGAACUGCGAGAAUCCGACAGAGAGAUUGUUCUCGUCAGCAACGAUGUGGUGGACCUAGAGCAAAUCAUUCUUCACGAAAUGAAUGGAAGUGUGGUGACAGUAGUUCGACAUGACCUCCAAAAUCUGAACGAGAAGAAUGAACAGAAUGACGAGAAACUGGUUAAGCACCACGGUCGUCUCCACCGUUUCGGAGGACUCAAGAAAAGUGGGAAGCUUUUUCAACACAAAAGUAAAUUCAAAGUUUUUAUGACUCGAUCAGCACCCAUGUUUUCUCAUCAUUUCGAAUAUAGCGGCGACGACGAAGAUGAAAAAGGAAGGAGGCAUGUCUGCUUACCAAACGAUGCAGCGACUGGUGGUGACGACGAUCAUCAUAGUGACGCAUAA